CGCAAAUCGGUCAUCGGUCGUUUCCUUCCUAUCCCAACUCUUUUCGUGUCAUUUUUGCGAAACGCUAGUGGCUUUUCGUGUGAAUUUCCUUAAAAAUCAUAUUAGGGCAUGGUCGGUAAAGUUUUUCACGGGAAAACACGUGAAACAAAAUCAUUAAUCGUGGGUCAGUUUUUUUGUGCCAAGUGCAACUAAACUACCAAGAUUCCGCCGUCAACUGAAAGCCUACCCAGUGGGUGGCUUAUUUUGGGAGCACCGGGUGAGUCCGGCGCGUGUGGCAGUGCCGGGCGGAACGGACGCACACCCCGCCCGCGGCCCUCGCCGCGCUGCUGGCGACGAGCCCUCAACGUAGACCCGCCCUGGCUGCGCCGUGCCAGGGCCCGCUGACGCCACCUCACCACAUUCACCUGACACUUGUGGACUAGCGCUAGUGGGCCCCCAAGACCAGGCUCCGACGACACUUGACACCGCUAACCCGGACAGCUGAAACGUUACAAGGAAACGGCACAGUCGACCGAGGCGCCGGCCCCCGCCGAGCCCGGGAUAAACUAAGGAAACAAGUCCACGUAAAGUUGGAUAACACCAUGAAGGUUGUGGAGGAACAACGCAUCAGAGUGAUGGAGGGAUCGUGGUCCCCGGUCAGCGUGAUCCGGGAGAUCGUGGAGAGCGGGGUGCAGGAGGACCCCUUCUACGUGAUGGACCUCGGCGAGGUUGUCGCCCGCUACCAGCAGUGGAAGGAGCUCCUGCCCAGGGUUGAGCCGUUUUACGCUGUGAAGUGCAAUGAUGACAAGUUGCUGUUGACCACCCUGGCGGCUCUGGGCACUGGCUUCGAUUGCGCUUCUAAAGCUGAGAUCGAACUGGUCACAUCUCUAGGAGUACCACCCGAGCGGAUAAUAUUCGCGAAUCCGGCUAAAAUGGCGUCUCACAUCCGUUACGCGUCCGCCGUCGGGGUCGACGUGAUGACCUUCGACUCGGAGAUUGAACUGAUGAAGAUCAAGCAGUACAUGCCGCACGCGCAGUUGUUGAUCCGCAUCCGCUGCGACGCGGCCUCGGCCCAGUGCCCGCUCGGCAUCAAGUUCGGUUGCGAUCCCGUCACGGAAGCUCCGCGGCUGCUGAAGCUCGCCUCUGUACUCGGACUCGAUGUGGCGGGCGUGUCGUUCCACGUGGGGUCGGGCGCGGCGGAGGCGGCGGUGUUCGGGCGCGGCGUGCAGCUGGCGCGCUCGCUGUUCUCGGCCGCGCGCGACCUCGGCCUGCGCCCCCGCCUGCUGGACCUGGGCGGCGGGUACCCCGGGAUCGCGGCGCAGCACCACUUCAUGCUAGAGAUUGCGGAGGUGGUGAACGCGGCGCUGGAGAGCCAUUUCCCGGAGCGCUCGGUGCGCGUGGUAGCCGAGCCCGGGCGCUACUUCGCGGCCGCCGCCUACACGCUCGCAGCCAUGGUGCACUCCAAGCGGGAGAUACCGGCCAAGGAGGGCGAGGACGCCGACACUCACACCAUGUACUUCAUCAACGACGGCGUGUACGGCUCGUUCAACUGCGUGCUGUACGACCACCAGAUCGUGUCCGCUGAGCCGCUACACGAUAGGGCGGAUUCAGUCCUGCCUUGCUCGGUGUGGGGCCCGAGCUGUGACGCGCUGGACUGCGUCAUGGAGAGCGCGCUGCUGCCGCCACUGGACGCCGGGGACUGGCUCGUGUUCCGGGACAUGGGAGCGUACACCAUCCCGAUCGCGUCGCCCUUCAACGGGUUCCCGGUGCCGCGGGUCAGGGCCGUGGUGGACGCCGGGCUGUGGACCGGGGGCCUGCGCGAGGCCUGGCCGCCCCUGGACGAGGAGUGCCGCGCCGCGCCGGACCUCACGCCGGACCUCACGAGCGACCUCACGCCGACGCACCGCGCGGUCUUCGUCGAGUGUGCGCUCAAGUGAUCAACGCGCGUGCCGCCAGAUCUCGACUUGAGAAUCUUUUCUAUUAUAUCUGUUUAUGUUUUUAUCCGCGUUGUUCAUAAGCAAAGUGUUUUUUUUAUUAUUGUAUCAAUUAUCCAUUUAAUAUAUAUUAAUGAAUUACAUAUCUAAAGAUGAACAGUUUAUGUCCUAAAAUAUAACAGUGUAUGUAAAUGUUUGUGUGUAUUUAUUUUAUUUUCAAUUAAAUUUGUUUCUUUCAUUGUUUUAUAUAAUGUAUCUAAACUCAAGUUGAGAUCUUUCAUGUGUAGUAAACGUGUAUAUUAUAUAGAGUUGUGUUAAAUUUCUUGAAAUCACCAUCAUUUUAACAUUGGUAUGUGAUCUAUGAAUUAUUUAUCUAACAUUUCGUAAUGAAGCUGAAAUCAUAAAUAAAUAACAAGCAAAAUAAACAAAACAUAAAGGUUGUUAGUAAUGGACUUAUUGUGCUAUUUCUACAUGGUUUGCGAAACAAUAAUUGCAACAAUGUGUAUGGUGCUAAAUUGAUAUUUGUAAUCAAUUACCAUCAAAUUGAAUAUCUAUAUAUAUCACACGUUUACUGCGACAAGUGUAGCGCUUUGUUUUAUAAAAAACAUUUUUUUUAUUUUGCAAUUUAUCGCUUUAUAUGUUCGUGUAUUGAAUUUAGAGUAUUGGCAAUUUUAUUAGCUCAGUUUCUAUUCGUAUUUGAUUGAACUUGUUCCUUUUGAAUAUGGUACAAAAUUAUUAAGAAAAAUUAACACUGCCCAGCCCCGAUUUGGAGCUUAAAUUAAGGACAACUUUGUAAUUUCAUUUUAAAUUAUCUUUCGAGUUACGUGGCUUAGAUGAAAACCAGUUUGUUUUUCGAUACCAUAUGAGACUUCACGAAAAUUGGUAUAUAGAUUGAUAGUGAGUCACUACUGCGAUCGCAUCAAUACUUUUGUAACCAAAUAUUGUAUGAUUUGUCGUUUUUAACAUUCUGCUGUUUGCACUUGUUUCGUAUUCUUGAUGUUAUUGCAUACAAUCGUUGUAGAAUGUUUACAUUGUUCGUGGAACUCGAUUUAUAUUAAUAAAAACAUAUAUAUAUAUAAAUUUAUAUACAUUUGUAAUUAAUGUUGUCGAAAUGUAUUUGUUUGCGAUAAUUCUUGAUGCAGCAGUACGCAGUCAAUAUCAUCAUUUUUAAUUAUCAAUCAUUAUUUUGUUGAAAAUAAUUUUACUAUUUGAUUACAUUUAAUUAAAAUGUUUUAAUAUCUAUAAAUGCUUAUAAUAAAUAUUUUUGCUCAUUAACUAACAUAUUGAUAUAGUAAACUGUAAUUAUGUGUACUUGAAUUAGUGCGGCAACAUUCCGUGUCGGGGACUUUGUUAUUGCAUUUCUCUGUGGAUUCUAUGAGAAGUCAUGCGUUUCGCAAAAAUGUAGUACUUUUGAUGCUUUUCCGGUAAUAAAUUAAUCAUUCAUUA